UAUCAUCAUCAUUUCUAUUAAUUCUCUUACACAUAUAUCAAAUCCUAAUAAAAGAAAACAAUUAUUUCCGUUUUAUUCGAUAUCGUGAAGAUGGGAUCCAGUCAAAGCAUGGGAGGUUCAAAGAGAAGGGUGUCGAGUAGGGGACUUGGAGCUGUUCUUAAAGAACAGAGAGCUAAGCUUUACAUCAUUCGAAGAUGUGUCGUCAUGCUUCUUUGUUGGAGCGAUUGAUUUCUCUUCAGAUAUAUUCUCAAAUCAUUUUGAUCAAGAUCGUUUGUAUAAAAGGGAUUGAUAAAGAACCCAUCGUGAUGUUUGGAGCUUAAGCGGGUCGGUUCGGAUCCGAGUUUAGUGCCAGGUCGUGGAGUAGUUAAAGGGUUUAAGGUUAGGUGUCUCUACUGGUUAGCAGAGUCGUCUUCUUUGGAGCAAUAUUGUAAAUAUUGACGGCAUAAUAGAGAGAGUUGAUAAAGUUUUGUAAUAGCUUUUGGCUUUGUUCUAUGACAUUCGAAAAAAAGAAAAGAAUAUACGGUUAAUGUAAAAAUGGUCGUUCAUGUAUCUGUACUCUAUCUCUUCUUCUUGGGUUAAUUAAGGUUUUGAAAUCUCAAAUUCAAUGAUCA